AUGAGAUUUGAGGUUUCACGUAUACUUGCUGGUGCAGUAAAUGGUCUCAGCACGAGGAGGAUUUGGGAGGAGCUGCGAAUUCAGGGCCCCAAGGUAUCUUGGCAUAAUUUGGUUUGGUUUCCUGGGCGUAUUCCAGAGCAAAGUACCAUCUUGUGGAUGAUCAUCCUUGACAUGCUACCUACUCGGACAAGACUCCUGCGAAUGGGUCUGAAUAUCGAUACUGACAAUUUUGCGAAAGAACUGUGGGGGAAUGUUUUCUCUUUGUGUGGUAUUAUGCGCAAUGUUAGUACUUGGGAUAGGGAGUUAGAAUGGGCUACUAAACUCCUCAAGGGUAAAUCCCUUAUUGUGCGAAUCCUGAAGCUCGCCCUUGCUGGUCACGUCUAUGCCUUAUGGUGUGAGAGGAAUAGCAUAUUAUUUGGGGAUCGUGCCAGGUUGGUAGGUGAUGUGCUCAAUGAUAUCCGGGAUACUAUUCAGAUCCGCCUCAACAAUUGGUCCAUUUGUAAGUCUAAUUCGAGGAAUAUUGCCCUCUGUGAAAAGUGGGGUAUAUGA